ACUGCAUCGACAUCUCCGAUUCAUCAUCUCUUCUUCGUCUUCAGGAGCCAAUUGCGAUUUCCCUUCCCAAUCGCAGUCUCCCGCAAACCCAUUGGUUCUCUAACAAGUAAGAAAUGUCUCAACAACCUCUUCUUGGUGACGCAUGGAUUCGAGAAGCCCAAGAGGCUUCGAGAUUGAUAGAAGAAAUGGAGAGUAGAAUCAAAGAUCAGAACCCAGGACAAAGUAUUAGAGACAGUGCUCGCCGGAAGCUUUUGGAGCUUGGACCCAAGCUCGACCGUUUGGAAUCUCUUCUUCACAACCCACCUGCGAAACCCAUCUUGACCGAUCAAGAUCUGGAUCUCCGACGAAACAUGCUAUCAGACCUUCAGCUACGGACAAGAGAAAUAGCCCUUAGUCUCUACAGAUUACAAGUCACAACCAGUCCUGGAAGCUUGCCUAUUAAAGCUAUUGAAGAUCCUGCAAAAAUGAUUAGCAGCUAUGGUCAAGAUUACACAAAGACUACAUUCUCUAAACAAGAACAUGAGCUGCUGGUUUCUCUUGCGAGAAGACAAACCAUUUCCCUUGGUUGGAAAAGAUGGAUUUGGAAUGUUUGUCGGGUCAUCUUCCUGGUGUUGGCAGCUGCUGCACUUCUGCUCGUUUUGGUUAUUGUUUGUGCAGCAAUCUAACUUACUUGAACAACUGGAUGUUGGAAGUUGUCUCUUAUAUUUAUGGAACAGCCUUUGUUCAAUUCGUUCAUCAGGGGAGUGUCAAAUAGUCAAACGAAAGAACGAGUUAAAACAUCAUCACUUGUGUUUAGCAUUUGCAGCUGGGCUCAGAGAACCCACCUAUGAAGAACUGUAUAAUUUCUGUCUUCUCUUGAUGGAUAUGAGAAGUAGCAUCUUUGUCGGAAGACUUCAAGUGCCAUGUUACAUUUCUUUUGACAUAUACUGGUCAUGGAUGCUCAUCAAUUUGGAGUGAUCAGGAUUUAGGACUACUGAUAGAAUGUUUCUUCUUUUUUUUCUUUUUUGG